GCGGCUCGUACCUAUUAUCGACGAAAACGGUCACUUCAAAGUUUCGUAUAAAAGGUGGAGCUAUCUGCACUGCCCGUCCGAAAAGCGAGAAAUCUUGGACGCGAUGAUGCUGCUCGAGCUGAUAUUGGUGGGCCUGGUGUUAUGCCAUGGCAUUACCGCUCGUGCGGUGGACGAGGAGCCCUCGAAGAUUGGUCUGCACAGGAUCUUCGAGACCACCAGGAUUACCAAUGGCCAAGAUGCCCAGCCAGGUCAGUUCCCGUACCAGGUCGCCUUAAAAUGGGGUUUUCCGCCACUGCUCAAGCUACGUUUCAUCUGCGGAGGCUCCAUCAUCAGUGAACAAUGGGUCUUAACGGCUGGCCAUUGCGUUUCCGGUCUACUUAAAUAUGGUACUCUCAAGGUUUAUGCCGGGAAACAUGUCGUGGACAGGUCUGAAACCACUGAACAGGUGGUCACUGUUCUUCGCAGGAUCGUUCAUCCGCAGUAUGAUGGGGGAGUAGCACCGCACGAUAUCGCGCUGUUGAAGCUGAAGACACCCUUGGUCUUUAACGACAGAGUCAGUCCGAUCCAAUUGCCGAAGCAGGAUCUGGAGCAUGAAGGACACACCGUAUUGACAGGAUGGGGCUCUGUAUCAACUACACUCAUCCCCCAGCCUGCGACUACUCUUCAGAGCGUGGAAGUUCCCCUGGUGGACCGACAGACCUGUGCUCGGUACAUCCAGAAAAUGACAGGUGAAGAGGCACCAGUCUACCAAACCCACGUGUGCACCGGACCACUCGGAGACGCAAUUUCAGCUUGUUCCGGGGAUUCUGGCGGUCCUUUGGUCCAGUACAAGGACGAAAAACCGGAACAAGUUGGCGUGGUGUCCUGGGGGAUUUAUCCCUGUGGGAAGCACGGUGCCCCAACGGUGUACACCCGCGUCUCCAGCUACACCACCUGGAUCAGUCUCAGCAUCGGUCUUUGAAAAUCUCUCCAUCAGGAUUCCGGCUUACCUUGCUCUUCGUCAUCUCACAGGAUUCGAUCAUAAUUAUUUCCUAAGUUGAAAACCGCAGGAAUAAAUCAAAUCCGGUCUGGUCAACGUGGAGAUCCCUGACUUGUGACCUGGUUCCUUGUUGGAUGUCGUUUUAAGAAUGACCGCCAACUCGUUAGAUCGUCUUCCUAAGUAGACUAGAAUUCGAAGAUGUUAUCGCGACUCUUAGCGGCAUCGCUAGGACGUUGUUCAGGUCACAUGCGAAGAAAGUCUACAAUUUUGAAAUUCCUCCAGCCAGAUGCGUAUCGAGCUGCCUAUCGGCAGACUUCUUUCACUGUUUUCUAUCAGGCGAGGAUCGAGAGUGAUAACGCCAAUGACACUCGAGA